UGUGUAAACCAGACAAUGACAUCACACUUCACCUAGCUUCCAGCCGAAGGCCUGCCCUGGUCUCCAAUGUACCCCCACCAGUGUGUGAUCCAGUACAUGUCUACUUACGCUCCUCAUUUCCCCUUCAAGGCCGUAUUCUGCGACAACCACGAGCACUGCUGCCCGCAGGGCUACACCUGCAACAUGCACAGUGGGACCUGCGAGAAGCAGCUGCGCCACCAAACCCCCCGCAGCCGCCCUCAGAGCAAGGUGGUACGGUCCAUGCUGAGGCCGUCCGCUGUGGAGGAGGAUGUUCGAUGUGACGAUGUGGGGGAGUUCCGCUGCUCCAAGCAGGAGACCUGCUGCCGCGCUUCGCCCACAGUGUGGGCGUGCUGCCCCUCGGCCCAGGGCCAGAAGUGUGGAUUAUCGGGGACAGCUACGUCCGCCGUGGAGAGGAGAGAGACAAGGAAACCUGUGGCCCCCACCUUGGCCUAGAGGCCAGGGUCAGUUGGUUUGGCUGGGGCGGGCUCAGAUGGAAGACCCUCAUCCCUUUCUUCCUGCAGUCCCUGAGAGGAAGAACAGCCCCGGAUGUCCUGCUCAUCCACUGUGGCGGCAACGACCUCGGACGCCUGGAGGGAGUUGAGGUUGUUGCCGCAAUGAAGCAGGACCUGCAGUACCUCCACCGGCAGUUCCCAGCAAUGCAGAUCGUCUACUCUACCAUCAACGAGAGACGCCGGUGGAGGGCUGACCAUCCGGGGAAGCUAAAUCACGCUAGGAAAUGGGUGAACAGUGUGAUGAACGCAUUUGUUAGUGUAGAGCUAGGAGGCAACAGCGUAGAGCAUCCUGGAAUAAGGUUUAACUGCUGUGGUUUAUACCUAAAAGACAAGGUUCAUUUCACCAAUAGGGGAAAUGACAUUUUUUUAAAAAGCAUUUCACAGUCUCUUGAAGCGAUAAUCCAGAGUGGGUGAAACUGACACUUUUAGGGCCAAUGCCUUCAGCCUUCUCCACUCUGAAUUGUAAUUUCAACAGUUUUCAAUACUGUAAGAUAUAAUCCAGGUCCUUAAUCUUUAUUCGAUGAUGCUCUUCUCUGCGUAUUUGAUAAAUCAGUAAUUAUAACCUUUUUGGUAAUCAUUUGCGUUUAUCACACUGUUCAUUCAUUUCACUGUUCUUCCUCUCAUUCCUUUCCUUACUUCUUAGGCUACCUGUCUUUGUUUCCCCUUCCACUCUUCUGCCCCAGCCAAACAGCCCAAAAAAUGUGUUUUGUUCAAAUUUGG